GGUGCUGGAGAAAAGAUCUUGGUGUGAAGCACAGAGGCACUGCAGGAUGAGCUACACUGACCUGGUCAGCAUUAAGAAUGAGAGCCACAAUGAUCAUAUAAAGAACGAAGGGAAAAACAUCGCCCCCUUCUGGAUCGGCAUGAUACAUGAUGACUGGGCAUGGUCUGAUGGGGGAUGUUCCACCUACAGAAACUGGUAUACUGGAUACCCUCUGAACAAUAACUGUGUUAGAAUGCUGAAUUUAGAUAUUGCUAAGGGGCAAUGGUUCACUGCCCCAUGUGGUAAUAGCGACCACCCAGUCUGUUAUAAAGGUAAACUGAAAAUACAUCUCAUUAAUGAGCCAAAGACAUGGGAGGAAGCUCAGCACUACUGCUAUACUCACCACAGGAGCCCACUGAUCAUCCAAUCAGAGCAGGACCAGCAUGCAGUGCAGCAGGUGCUGCAGUGCAAGAACUUCUCAGGCUACGUGUGGCUGGGUUUGAGGCAGAGCCGCCUCUUUGGGUUCUGGGUCUGGGCCGAUGGGAUCACAGUGGGGUGGAGCAACUGGGAGGGGGGGAGCCAACCUGAGCAGCCACUGUCCCACAUCUGUGCAGCCAUGGCAACAGGAGAAGGGGGAUUCAAAUGGAGCGACCAGAACUGCAUCUCCAAGUUCUCCUUCCUCUGUGAAGGGUAGUGAAAUUCACUGCUCCAUCCUGUAAUGCACUGACUGCUCAUUCACUCUCCCCACAUCCACCUCUCCUUCCCAUAUGUCCCUUCCCUCCACUUCCUCUAACCACACCAUCCCCCUUCCCCCACUUCCUAUAUCCCCCUAUUCCCUCAAACCCCGUCCACUAUCCCUCUUUGCACGAAACCCAAUCAUUUUCCCCGUCCCUCACUCGUUCCUUAUGUUUCUCUGCGUUUAAAAAUGUUUAUUUUUGUCAUUUUGUUAGUUGCA